GUCUGGGAAGAGAAGCCUCGAACUUCUUCUUUCCGAAUCAAAGUCGAAGGUCGUUUAGACGACUGGGUAGAGAAGAUUCGAACUUCUUCCUUCCGAAUCAAAGUCGAAGGUCCUACCAAUUAG